AUGUACAUCUUUGCGGAUUCCAGGACGCUCCUGCUGCUUGCAGCGACGCAAGUCCUUCUACUAGCCUUCGUCAACUGCCAGGAAGAGGAUGACCAUGAGGAAACGGGUGGGUGCGUGCAGGACGGACAGCGCUAUAGCGAUAAGGACGUGUGGAAGCCGCAGCCGUGUCAGAUCUGCGUGUGCGACAGCGGCUCCGUUCUGUGUGACGAGGUCAUCUGCGAGGAGCAGCGUGACUGCCCCAACCCGGAGAUCCCAUUCGGAGAGUGCUGCCCCAUCUGCCCCCUGUCCCGGCAGCCCACAACACAGGGUCCUCAGGGACAGAAAGGAGAGCCAGGAGACAUCACUGACGUUGUGGGCCCCAGAGGACCAGCAGGCCCUAUGGGUCCUUCAGGUGAACAGGGAGUCCGUGGAGACAGAGGUGACAAGGGGGAGAAGGGAAGUCUUGGCCCCCGAGGACGAGAUGGAGAGCCUGGUACCCCUGGAAACCCCGGCCCCCCCGGCCCCCCCGGACCCAACGGACCCCCCGGACUCGGAGGAAACUUUGCAGCUCAGAUGUCGGGUGGGUUUGAUGAGAAGGCUGGAGGAGCGCAGAUGGGUGUGAUGCAGGGACCCAUGGGCCCUAUGGGACCCCGUGGUCCUCCAGGACCAAGUGGCGCUCCUGGCCCCCAAGGUUUCCAAGGCAACCCCGGCGAGUCUGGAGAACCCGGCGGAGCAGGCCCCAUCGGCCCCCGUGGCCCCCCAGGACCCUCCGGCAAAGCAGGAGAAGAUGGUGAAGCUGGAAAGCCAGGCAAAAGUGGAGAGCGUGGAGCACCUGGGCCUCAGGGCGCUCGCGGGUUCCCUGGGACGCCGGGACUUCCUGGGAUCAAGGGACACAGGGGAUACCCAGGUGUGGAUGGAACGAAGGGCGAAGCAGGAGCUGCAGGAGCCAAGGGUGAAGGAGGUUCUCCCGGAGAGAACGGUGCCCCUGGACCAAUGGGCCCACGAGGUCUGCCUGGUGAGAGAGGUCGUACAGGAGCCUCCGGAGCUGCUGGUGCUCGUGGAAACGAUGGUUUGGCUGGCCCUGCUGGUCCUCCCGGGCCUGUUGGACCUGCUGGGGCUCCCGGAUUCCCAGGCUCUCCAGGUGCUAAGGGAGAGGCCGGGCCCACAGGAGCUCGUGGACCUGAAGGAGCACAAGGACCCAGAGGAGAGUCAGGCACCCCUGGUUCUCCAGGCCCGGCUGGUGCUGGGGGUAACCCUGGUACUGAUGGCAUCCCUGGAGCUAAAGGAUCUGCUGGCGCUGCGGGUAUUGCAGGCGCACCUGGUUUCCCUGGCCCCCGGGGGCCACCCGGACCUCAGGGAGCCACAGGCCCUCUGGGGCCCAAGGGACAGUCGGGUGACCCCGGUAUCACAGGGUUCAAAGGUGAAGCUGGACCCAAAGGAGAGAUUGGUGCUGCAGGACCCCUGGGAGCCCCAGGCCCCGCUGGAGAGGAGGGGAAGAGAGGGGCCCGAGGAGAGCCGGGUGCUGCAGGGCCCAACGGACCUCCAGGGGAGAGGGGUGCUCCGGGUAACCGCGGGUUCCCUGGUCAGGAUGGGCUGGCUGGCGCCAAGGGAGCCCCAGGGGAGCGCGGGGUCCCAGGUCUUGGAGGACCUAAGGGAGCCAACGGUGACCCAGGUCGUACUGGGGAAUCUGGCCUGCCGGGUGCUAGGGGUCUGACUGGCCGGCCCGGUGACGCUGGUCCUCAAGGCAAAGUUGGCCCUACUGGCGCUGCUGGCGAGGACGGCAGGCCUGGACCUCCUGGUCCCCAGGGAGCCCGCGGCCAGCCUGGAGUCAUGGGAUUCCCAGGCCCGAAGGGAGCUAAUGGAGAGGCUGGUAAGGCUGGAGAGAAGGGACUUGUGGGAGCACCAGGCCUGAGGGGUCUGUCUGGUAAGGACGGAGAAACUGGAGCAGCUGGACCUCCUGGCCCUGCUGGACCUGCUGGAGAGAGAGGAGAGCAGGGUCAGCCCGGCCCAUCUGGAUUCCAGGGUCUACCUGGACCCCCAGGCUCCCCAGGAGAAGGAGGAAAGCCUGGUGACCAGGGAGUCCCAGGAGAAGGUGGUGCUGCUGGUGCUGUUGGACCCAGAGGCGAGCGCGGUUUCCCAGGAGAGAGAGGUGGUGCAGGGGCUCAAGGUCUCCAGGGGCCACGUGGCCUUCCUGGGACUCCAGGAACCGACGGGCCCAAGGGUGCCAUCGGGCCAGGGGGCAGUCCUGGAGCUCAGGGACCUCCCGGUCUGCAGGGCAUGCCUGGGGAGAGGGGAGCCUCUGGGAUCUCAGGGCCCAAGGGCGACAGAGGUGACAACGGCGAGAAAGGACCUGAGGGAGCUCCGGGCAAGGACGGCGGAAGAGGUUUGACUGGUCCCAUUGGUCCACCAGGUCCAGGGGGGCCAAAUGGUCAGAAGGGAGAGUCUGGAGCUGCAGGUCCUUCUGGUGCUGCUGGUGCACGUGGAGCUCCUGGUGAUCGCGGAGAGAACGGACCCCCCGGCCCUGCUGGGUUCGCCGGCCCCCCUGGUGCUGACGGCCAGCCUGGAGCCAAGGGGGAGCUGGGAGAGGGCGGACAGAAAGGUGACGCUGGUGCCCCUGGCCCCCAGGGACCCUCUGGGGCCCCCGGACCACAGGGACCCACCGGAGUUUUUGGACCCAAAGGCGCACGUGGUGCUCAAGGCGCUCCCGGUGCCACUGGGUUCCCAGGUGCUGCAGGACGAGUCGGACCUCCUGGCCCCAACGGUAACCCAGGUGCAGCGGGCCCUGCUGGUCCUGCAGGUAAAGACGGCCCUAAAGGUGUGCGUGGAGACUCUGGUCCAACUGGUCGCCAGGGAGACUCUGGACUGCGAGGGCCUUCUGGAGCCCCAGGGGAGAAGGGAGAGGCCGGCGAGGAUGGUCCCCCUGGUGCGGACGGGCCCUCUGGGCCUCAAGGAUUGGCUGGGAUGCGUGGUAUCGUGGGUCUGCCAGGACAGCGUGGGGAGAGGGGCUUCCCUGGCCUUCCAGGACCUUCUGGUGAACCAGGCAAACAAGGAGCUUCUGGCUCAGCUGGUGACCGCGGCCCCCCAGGCCCUGUGGGACCCCCCGGUCUGACUGGACCUUCCGGGGAACCUGGCAGAGAGGGUACCGCUGGAUCUGACGGACCCCCCGGGAGAGAUGGAGCGACUGGAAUCAAGGGUGACCGUGGCAACACAGGUCCCGCCGGGGCUCCUGGAGCUCCCGGGGCCCCUGGGAGCCCAGGACCCGUCGGCCCCACCGGCAAGCAGGGAGACCGAGGAGAGGCAGGCGCUCAAGGACCUGCAGGGCCUUCAGGUCCAGCAGGAGCCAGAGGAAUGGCUGGACCCCAAGGCCCACGCGGAGAUAAGGGUGAGGCAGGCGAGACGGGCGAGAGAGGACAGAAGGGCCACCGUGGUUUCACCGGCCUGCAGGGUCUGCCUGGACCUCCCGGUUCCCCAGGUGACCAGGGUGCUGCUGGACCUGCUGGCCCAAGUGGAGCCAAGGGCCCCCCUGGCCCAGUUGGCCCCGGUGGUAAGGAUGGUUCUAAUGGGAUCCCCGGGCCCCUCGGACCUCCUGGACCCCGCGGCCGCUCUGGAGAAACCGGACCUUCUGGUCCUCCCGGAAACCCCGGCCCCCCAGGCCCGCCCGGCCCCCCAGGACCCGGCAUCGACAUGUCGGCCUUCGCAGGCCUGUCCCAGCCGGAGAAGGGCCCGGACCCCAUGCGCUACAUGAGGGCCGACCAGGCCGCCGGGGGCCUCCGGCAGCACGACGCCGAGGUGGACGCCACACUCAAGUCCCUCAACAACCAGAUCGAGAACAUCCGCAGCCCCGAGGGGUCCCGCAAGAACCCCGCCCGCACCUGCAGGGACCUCAAACUCUGCCACCCGGACUGGAAGAGCGGCGAGUACUGGAUCGACCCGAACCAGGGCUGCACGAUCGACGCCAUCAAGGUCUUCUGCAACAUGGAGACGGGCGAGACCUGCGUCCACCCCAUGCCCACCAGCAUCCCGCGCAAGAACUGGUGGUCCAGCAAGGGCAAGGAGCGCAAGCACAUCUAUUUCGGACAGACUAUGAACGGAGGGUUCCACUUCAGCUAUGGGGAUGACAGCUUGGCUCCCAACACGGCCAGCAUCCAGAUGACCUUCCUGAGGCUGCUGUCGACAGAGGCGUCCCAGAACCUGACCUACCACUGCAAGAACAGCGUGGCCUACCUGGACCAGGCCAGCGGGAACCUGAAGAAGGCUCUGCUGCUGCAGGGAUCCAACGACGUGGAGCUCAGAGCCGAGGGCAACAGCCGAUUCACCUACAGCGUGCUGGAGGACGGCUGCUCGAAACACACAGGCCAGUGGGGGAAGGCGGUGAUUGAGUACAGGACGCAGAAGACGAGCCGCCUGCCCAUCGUGGACAUCGCCCCGCUGGACAUCGGGGGCGCGGAGCAGGAGUUUGGGGCGGACAUCGGCCCCGCCUGCUUCUUGUAA